AAAUUCUACAUCCUCUCUCUUUCUUUCCCCCAAGUCUCUUAUCUUUCUUAUUUCUCCGGUCUUAAUUCUCCCGUUCACGGCGGAGCCACCGCUUAAACCACCGUCCGUACACCGGAAUCUACCGUCCUUGCCGGAAUCCGACGAUCUCUUUCUAGAUCCUUUUUUUUACUUUCCAUCAAACUCACUCCCCUCCCUUCUCCUCCCAACACAAAACGUUUUCAUUUUUAUUAGUAAUUUCUCUUCAAUUUUUACUGUGUUAAAAUUGAAAAGAAAAAUAUUUUGUUUACUUUUCUAUUUUAUAUUUCUCGUAACUCUCAAAAACUUUUUAUUUUGUUCCUCUCUCCAACGAGAAAUGUACCCGUCUGGGUGAUUUUACCUUUCUGUCCUUUCAUUAACUGUACUUUCUAAACCCCAUAACUCUAUAACCGUAAAUUCAUCCUUUUCCCCUUGUUAUCGCUUUUAGCCAUUUUCUUUUUUUGUUUUUUAGUGUGGUGACGUGGCAUACAAAGAUUAGAUUACUAAACGGACGGCUAAGAUGAGUUAUCACACACGUCGAAUCUUAACUCUUGAGGAGUCAUCACGCAAGCGAAAAGACCGAGACACAUUUUAUUCUUUUCCCAAACCGUCAAUCCCAUUAACGUCCGUUAAUAGUCCUAACGUUAAUACGACGACGUCGUUUAACAAAGGAGCAGCCGAGCCGAAUCAUCAAAUGCCCAACCCGCUUUUGGCUGGAUACAUGGCUUAUGAAUUUUUAACCAAAGGGACAGUGUUGGGUCAGAAGUUUGAUCCGGCUCGAGCAAAAGCUGUUCCAGUGAACGCUUUUGCCGAGCCGAAGAAAAGAAAAUCAAGUGGUUCGAGUCCUAAAGAAGUCGAGCUGAGUGGGAAUGGGAAGCUGAAGACUCAGAGCCAGAAUUAUGUUGAAUUGGCUAGCUUGUUGAAGAGUGAUGGGUCCCACAUUCCGGGUAUAGUCAAUCCUACGCAGCUGGCACAGUGGAUUCAGAUGUGACAGAGAAGCGCUACGUGGCGAUUUUUCAUUGGCCGAGGUUUUAUAUCCACGUAAGAACGGUAAAACCAACCCUUGGAUUUUGGCAUAAAAAGGAAAGAGUGCCGAAUUAUUCUAUCUCAAGACUCCCUGAAAGUUUUCUGCUGCAGAAAACUCAAACAUAUGUUUGUUGUUGUUAUUUUAUUUUCCUAUGUUAAUUUGUUUUCUCGAUAUAUUUCACCUUUUUUGUUUUGUUAUAGAUGGCUCAUGAAUGUUAUGUGCUGGACCUUGAUCCUAUCUUUUGUUCCUUUUUUCUCUUUCUAUAUUAUUUCUUCUUCUUUGGUUGUA